CUCGUAUCAAAUAUUUUUACAUAGGUAGAGAUAGCGCAGAAGAUAGCGAUCAAUUGUAGAAAUACGCAUCUCGAACAAUGGUCGAGCGGGCGAGUAGAGGACGAGCGAUGAAGAAGCGAUAAGAGGAUGUCCGGUCGACGUACUCUUUCGCUGGUCGCGCCGCUGCAAGAAGUGGAGGCUCACGUGACCGCGAACCCGCUAGGGCUUUCUUCUUUCUUCGCUCGGCAUUCGAUCGCGAAUGUUUACGCGCACCGCGAGGUACUGUUAGACCAUUAACACAUUCCCAUUUUCCAAUACCGCGAAUCGCGGCUGCGGUGGAAAAUUCGUCGAGUAUUGUGGAUGUUUUUUAUUUUUUGACUAGUGUGACGGUUUUGUGAGCCGGGAGAUUUUUUGUUCGGUGUGUUUUGGGAGUUGCUUUGAGUGGAUAUUCGCCAGUUGAACAGAGUUUUCAGGUCGUAUCCAGUCAAUUUCUCCAUCAAGAAUAUCAUCGUUUUGAAUUAAGUCCAUCAAGCUGAGCGUAGAGGAGAUCGAAAACACAUGCAAACAAAAGUGAUGCCGAAUUACACAUACGUUAAUGGCUGCUGUGGUUAGCCAUGCAAUGCGCCGAUUUCCAACGACGCCGCCGGAUACUUCGUAUUCGAGUUACGCAUCGUUCAGGGGCGAAAGCAGCAGGAUAGACGGCGAAAGCGCACUCUCGCGAUCAAUGCGUUAUGCGGAUCCGUGGUUGUACGGGAGCGUCAGGGCGCCGGGCGGGUUCUUCCUGGCGCCCGCUUUCGUGCUGUGCGCUUGUCCGGAUUACGUGAACGGCACCAAGAAGUCGAGCAAGAAGGCGCCGUCGACGUGCAAGAAGUGCAAGGGGGCGCGUAUUCCGCUCUCGCCGGUGGAGCAGCCUACGAAAUACGGUACUGUUCGAUACUAUUCAGAGGCUCCGACAUCUUCGACUCCGGUACGGGGAGGUACCGUGAGGGUUACUUCAUCGAAACGACCAUCGAUUUUACCAUCGCCAGAUCCUUACGAUUUGGUUAGAAAAUCUCGGUUAUCCGUGACCGAAAAUUCCAACCACAGCAGGACAAGAUCUGUCUCACCCAGCAAAUCAGCGGAUGGAGAUCAUAAGAGCAAGAACGGUACAAAAACGAAAGCUGAAAAGCGCAUAGAAUCCUACAAUUUAACAGUCGGAAGGAGAUCGAUACUAGAAUGCGACAUAAAUCCUUACGAAUUGGUUUCGAAGGAAAAAUCGACGUCCAAAGAAGCGGGGAUAACCUUCGUAAACGGUCAAAGAAUCCGCACAAGACCGUCCAUCAAAGAUAAAGACUUCGAAGACGUCCAACUACGAUUAUCAACGCCGACCAAAUCCAUUUCCAAACCGUCCAAAUUAGGUAUAGUAGCAGUAAACGGUUUGAAAUCUCUAUCGAAGUCCGCCAAUACUCCCGACGCAUCGAAAGAAAAGAAACCCAGUACAAACGAACCGUCGAAAUUGCGAACUCGAAGCGAUUCGUCGGCGCUCAAAGCGGCGGAAAAUGAACUGAACCAAAAGUUCAAGUCUAUCUUAAAGAAAACCUCCGAACGUACUCCUUCGCCGGUUCACGAGAGACAAGCCAGCGGCUCGCAAUUCUACAUACCGUUGCCCAAUUCGAAAAAGAAGGUGCAAUUUUUAGUUUCUAACGAUUUGGAAUCCAGCACGGAAGAAAUUACUGCGAUUAGUGACGAUAACGAUGAUGAUGUUUUCGAGGAAAACGUUAAACUUGCUACGCCUGAAGACGACGCGGUCGAAACUAAAGAAGACACUCAGCUAAUUGAAAACGACAUUCUUCGGCGACGAAACGUUCCUUUAUACAGAAGCCUUAGCGACAGAAUAAAAAAGGAAGAGGCUAAAAUUAAUUUCUACGACACCACAGCGUUGAGACAACUAAAACAAAGAAAAAGCCUAAAAAUAGACUUCUCUGAUCUAGAAAGACUGGACGGCAUUAACAGAAAAAUCAAAAAAUUCACCGCAAACGAUCCCCAAUCCCCAGAAGUCGUCGAACAUGCUAAAGAACAAAACGUAUACGAGAAAAUCGCCAUUUUGGAUAAAAACGAAAACGUAUCGAUCACCAACCUGAACAAUCUCAUUAAAAACAGAAUCGAAACCACGGCAAAACCUGACGAAACACUCGACAAUCAGGUCGACGCGAUAAUUCAACCGUACAAAACAAUUAAAGUCGAAGAAACUCGCCGACCACCUGACGAAGAGCUAGCCUUAGCCAAAUUAGAUAAAUGCAUUAACGACAAUUCCUACAAAAAUACAAUUAUUACAGACGAUACUCCACCAGCAGCCCCACCCAGAAAGAGAAGCGUCCACAAGCAAAACGGUAUUAGCACGGCCAUUCGAAUAGAAACACCAUCGGCAGAAAGCACUAAUAAAACUGUAGUUAAAAUCACAACACCACCAGCCGUUCACAAGAUCCAAAUAAAGAACGAAUUCUCCGACCACCGGAGUCUACAUCACACCAGCAUCACAGAAAACGCCCAAAGGAAAACCUCCAUUAUGAUAAACGGAGACGACUGUUACUCAACAGUCAACGUCAAUGACAACGUUCCAAUGUAUCAAUCAUCGGUCGUCGUCAAGGACUCCAUAGCCGGCGUGCUAUCGAUAAGCACCGACAAGCAAGAGAAGCAGUACAGCAGCAUCUACAUCACCAGCCCGGUCGCCGCCAACGAUACCAAAGAACCCGCCGACAAAGACAAAGACUCUGAAGUGCUGCGGGAGUUCCUGCGGGACCCCGUCGAGGCCGUCCGGCGCAACCUGGUGCCGCACGUCUGCGGCAAGUCGGACGCGACGCGGCGACGGCGCGACCAGAAGUUCGCCGUCGGCAAGUGCUCGAUCCUGCCGCUGCCGGAUCCCACGUACGACGAGCCCAUCCCCAGGCCUCGCCUGGAGAGCAUCUACGACGACGUGUCGUCGGAGCACAGCUCCUCCACGCAGUACGAGCUGAUCGAUCCCGGCAGCGAUUGCUACACCGAUCACAGCAAUCGCAGCUCCGUGACGGAGGAGGAGCUCGCCAACCGGACCAAGUUCUACGAAUUGCUGGCCGAUUCCGGGGUCGUGGAAGUCAGCGAGUCCGACGAGCAUAUAUACGAAUGCAUUAAGGUCAACGAGAACGAUCCCAUCUACGAGGACAUCGAGAUACCGCCGCCUUUGCCCAGCAACCCUCCGCCUUCGAGCAUUUUGGAUGAUAUCAAUUUAGACAAGGAAUUCACAACAAGGUCCAUUUUCGAAGGAGCUUCCAAAUACGACAUUCUAAGCUACCUGGUAGACGCCAAGGAAAGAGGAGUAGUGCAAGAAGACGGCUACAAUUACUUCCCAACGAACGGCACCAGCGAAGACGACAUUCCCCCAUCCCAAAUGAGCACAGUCAGUGAUUCAAGCGAAGACAACUCCUUGAUAAUAUCCCAAACGUUACUGGAUGAAAAGUCGAAAGGUACCGAAGUAGAGCGCAACGACAGCGGCGUGGGAUCCGAAACCAGCAAGAGCUCUUUGAGCAAAUACCGAUCGAAACAAGAAAUAUUCGCUCUGUGCGAGGAUUGCGAGGCUACUUUAGAAGCAGCCAGCGGCAAUAUGGUCCUGCUGUGCAGGAAAUGCACGAAGCGACGAUCGGAGAGAAAGGAAAUAAUAACCGAAAUCGUCGAAACGGAGGAGAAAUACAGCAAAGACUUGCAGAUCAUACUCGAAGAGUUCUACCAACCGAUGCUAGUCGCUGGUUUGUUAACCCCCGAGCAACUAUCAGCUAUCUUCUUGAACGUAGAAGAGCUGUUAGAGAACAGUCAGACUUUAGCGGAGAAACUGAGAGACGCCGUCGAAAUAGCCUCGGAGCAAGGCGACGAGGAUCUGCUAACGGUCAACAUCGGUAAAUUGUUCCUAGAAUCAAUGGCGAUGCUGCACGCCUUCGAGACCUACUGCGUGCGACAAGGAGCGGCCAGCCUUCUACUGGCGAGCCUCGAAAAAGAAAAGGAACUGCUGAGGAUAUUCCUAAGGGUGUCCCAGAUGGAAAACACCAUGCUGAGACGCAUGAAUCUCAACUCGUUCCUCAUGGUUCCCGUGCAACGGGUCACCAAAUACCCCUUACUGUUAGCCAGAUUGUACAAAGUAACGCCGACGCACUACGACUACAAGGAGGAAUUGAAGGAGGCCCAGCACAAGAUCGAGCUGCACUUGAACCACAUGAACUCUCAGACGAAGGACGUGCCCAGCAAAUUGUGGAGAAGAAUCGGCAGCAAUUCCGGCCGGCGAUCCAGCACCGAAAUGGAUCUGGUCAACAUCAAAUUGAGGAAGAUAGCGGUGGACGUGCUGGAAUGGAACCACGAGGAAGCCAAGUUCGCUUUGGAAGGGAAAUUGUUGUUCACCCAGCCCACCGACAACAACUGGAGGAAGGGCAGGACUAUCAAAUUGUCUCCUGUGAACGCUAUGUUGGUUAUCAACGGAAAGCCAUCUUCAGGGAAAUCAACGGAACGGUCGGAGGACAACAACCUCAUCUUCACGAAGCACGGGGUGCGGGAAGCCGCUCUGCUGCUGGUCCGCGACAAGAACGGUCGGUACUCCCUGCUGAGGGAGCCACUGUACCUGGAUAAAUGCGUGAUCGCCGCCGAUCCGGCUUGGCAAAGCUACUUCGAAGUGCAGGAGCUGCUGGGAAAAGACACUUUCAUUUUUAAGGCUGAAGACGAAGAGCAAACGGCGAUUUGGUACAAGCAGCUUCAGUACCACGCCCAGGGAAUGGGAGCUUGGAGGAAGAGGAGGAACGCUUUAGCUAAUAUUAUGAUCAACGGUAUGGGUUUGCGAUCAUAACUAAUCACAGGAAAGUUAUCUAUUGAUCUCGACUCUUCCAAAUUAAAAACGAGGUAUAAUGAUUUAUCGAAAAAACCCACAAACAUCUAAUCAUGAUAACAUGUACCUUCGGCUCUUCUCCUCGUUGUUUUCGCUGCAACAAAAUUAUUUAAGUUGUCUUAUUUUUCCCGAAAUACUCGUAUCAACUUGAUAAAAAAACUAAAUAUUAAAGAUGUAAAUUGUAAAUAUUUAUUAGUAAUUUAGCUGUGAUAUUGUGGAUUUUUUGGUUGUGGGUUACAUACUAUAAUUAACUUUAUACACUAGCUUAAAUAUAUUUAAACGAAUGUAUUAUUUAAUAAAGAAAAUAAAAUUGUAAUUUAAUAUAAAAUAAGGUCUAAUACUCGAUUGGAAGAUCCGUAAAGAAGCCACAAAAUAAUACAACAGGUAAAUAAAACAAGUUGAUGAUAUGUAAUUAAAUUGUAUUUAAUUAUCUUCUCGAUUGGUCUUCUGUAAUUCUACGUGUACUUUAGCCGGCUAAGAGAAUCUAAAGCAAUCAAUUACUGACUCGGUAAAAUUAUUAUUCAAAGACAUUCAGAUUUACGGGUUACUUAAUUUCUCGACGACUUAAUAUUCAAUAAAAAAGUAUAAAAAAAUAAUAAACGCCGGAAUUUUCCUUACCUAUUUACAUUUAUUUGGUAUCAAUAUAACAACCGCAGUCACUCCAUCGACUUUUUAACAGCCGAACAAUAAAAAAUAAAUUAAUUAAAAUAUACAAACGUUAAAAAAAGACUAAAAUAGUUUUCAUUAAAAUCAUCCUAAUAGUUUGUAACUAGAAUAUUACUAACAAAGUACAAUAAUUGUAAAAUUAAUUUGGAAAUAUCUAAGAAGUUCGAUAAAUUGGAUGACAAAUUUAGAAUGGCAAAUAAAUACAGAAAAAAUAAAGUGUCAUGCAUACAUCUACAGGGUGCAAUUAAAAUAUUUUUUCUAAAUACAGGGUGGUUUGAUAUGCUGUAGUAAAACCAUUAUUUUUUUAUCUACCAGUAUACAUAUUUUAUGUAAUCUUAUUAAGACGCGAUACUUUCCGCGAUACUGUCCACCCUGUAUAAAAUAAAUGCAAGUAUUUCCAUAAUACUUAAACGUAAAAGCGACUGCAGUUGUACAAGUCGAAAUUUUAGUUUCUUUUUUAGUUUUUUCUUAACAACAACGUAGGUCUUAACAUAUACGACACGUGACACAAAAAGUCUAUAUGGAGUAAUGAGUAUGGAUGGAACAUUUUUAACUAGGUAAUAUGACGAUGUUCAAUGAAUGGAAUUCAAUAGGUUGUAGUAGUCGGUUUCGUUGAGCAGAUCCUCACU